AUGAUUACACUUGAAACAGAAUUAUAUAUUACACAAUUACAACAAUGGCCAAAAAGUGGACGUCAUAUUAUGGGUCAAUUUGAUGAUAAUUCAAUUAUUGUUUAUCAAGCUUAUAACCCUUCUAUCGCUAAUUAUGCUGUUCAACAUCAAAAAUUUGGUGGGCAUGAUUUUUCAUGGACGAGAAUGACAUGGAUUAAAACGAAUUUUACUUGGAUGAUGUAUAGGUCUGGAUGGGCAACUAAACCUAAUCAAGAAAGAAUUUUGGCAAUAAAAUUAUCAAGACAAGGAUUUGAAGAAAUUUUAUCAGAAGCAGUGUUAACAAGCCUCGAUCAAUUUAAUGACACCUCUUCUUCAAAUAUGAAAUCCUUACAAAAAGAAUGGAAACAACAAUUAAAUUCAUCACAAGUAAGAUUACAAUGGGAUCCUGAUCACAAUUUACUCACAGAAAAGAUGCAAAGAAGAGCGAUACAACUUGGAUUGAAAGGUGAUAUAUUAAAAAAAUAUUCUAAUGAAUGGAUAAUUAGCAUUGAGGAUAUAACAGAAUUUGUCAGUGAACAAUACGAAUUAAUUAAAUUGAAUAAGUUGGAUGAAGUUAGAACCCCAGUUGAACAAGUUUAUGAACUUUGUGAUAAUUCAUUAAAAGGAAAAUUAGGCAUGAUUAAUAAUAAUUAA